AGAAGGCGCGGCAGGAUGAGGCCUUCUCAAGGAAGGCGAUGGGUCCUGGCAGGAAGAAGACCAUGUCAGGGAAGGUGGACCCGUUUCCUGGCCCGGCCUCCGUCAGCCGUGAGCAAGUGCGCAAGUUCCAGCGAGGAGCCGGGGGCCAACUGGGGAUAGUGUCCAACAAACGCCUUAAGCGCCAGCUGGCCAGGCAGGAGGAGAAGGCCCAGGCAGCAGCCAAGCAGGCGGCCCGGAUGGAGAUGCUUCUCCUGGAGGAUGCUGGGUUCCUGGAAGGAGAUGAGGGGGAAGACACCUGCACCAUCGCCCAGGCCGACAUCGCAGAGGCCGUAGACCUGGCCGCCGGUGCAAAGCAUUUUGAGCUGCGGCUGAACCAGUUUGGCCCGUACCGGGUGGACUACACGCGCAACGGCAGGCAUCUCCUCCUGGGGGGCCGAAGGGGCCACGUGGCGGCCCUCGACUGGCACACAAAGGCCUUGAUGUGCGAGAUCAACGUCAUGGAGUCCAUCGCAGACGUGGCGUGGCUGCACACGGAGACCAUGUUUGCCGUGGCCCAGCGGAAGUGGCUCUACGUCUACGACAACCAGGGGGUGGAGCUCAACUGCCUCAAGCGCUUCCACGGGGUCCAGCGGAUGCAGUUCCUGCCCUACCACUUCCUCCUGGCCACAGCGAGCGAGACGGGCUUCCUGCAGUACCUGGAUAUCUCUGUGGGGACGGAGGUGGCCACCAUCUGCACCAAGGGGGGCCGGCUGGGGGUCAUGGCGCAGAACCCCUCCAACGCCAUCGUCCACCUGGGACAGCAACGGUGAGACUCCCACUGUGGCGGGUUGGUGACCCUCUGGAGCCCCAACGUCAAGGAGCCCCUCGUUCGGAUGCUCUGCCACCAGGGGGCCGUGAGGGCGUUGGCGGUCGACGGCUUUGGCACCUACAUGGCCACCUCUGGGCUGGACCGGAAGCUGCACAUCUACGACCUGCGCACCUACCGCCGCCUCCACUCCCUCCUGCUGCCCACCGGCGCCGGGCAGCUAGAUUUCAGCCAGCGGGGGCUCCUGGGGGCCGCAUGCCAGGAGGUCAUCCAGGUGUACAAGGACAUUGUCUCCUGCCCGCCCACGAGGCCUUACCUGUGCCACUCCCUUCCGCGCCCAGCUCACGCCCUGCGCUUCUGCCCCUUUGAGGACGUGCUGGGCGUGGGCCACGGAGAAGGCUUUGCCAGCCUCCUGGUGCCAGGAGCCGGGGAGCCCAACUUUGAUGCCCUGGAGAGCAACCCUUUCCGCAGCCGGAAGCAGCGCCAGGAGUGGGAGGUCAAGGCUCUCUUGGAGAAGAUCCCGCACGAGCUGAUCUCGCUGGAUCCCGGCCAGCUGGGCACCGUGGACAGGGUCUCUCUGGAGCAGCGGCAGAAGGAGCGGGUUGAAAGACUGGGCUACGACCCCCAAGCCAAGGUCAAGUUCUGCCCCCGGAAGCGGACGAAGGGCCGCGACUCGGCCGUGGGGAGACUCCGGCGCCGGAAAAAGGUGGCGGCGGAGGAGCAGCGCACGGCCAUUCGGAAGAGCAUCUCACAGCGCCAAAAGGGACAGCAGCGACCAUGUCCGCAGGCCCCCAAAGCCCCCCAAGGUCAGAGGUCGGCCUUGGACCGCUUCCAGAAGUAGAAACGGGGCAGGGGGCCGUCUGGCUAGAAAAGAAGAAGCAGCCGCCCCCCCCCCCCGGGGUGGAAAGGACUCUCUCGGCCCCCCGCCCAGCGGCAGGACCUGCUGGCGUUCCCUCUGCGAGGAAGAGAUGGGGGCUGCGUGGGGUCGAAAUCCUCCCCAAAGCCCCUCUGGUUCUUCCUCGAUGGCCUUUGGGCAUCUCCUGCGAAGGACCUGUGCUCUUUUUUUUGUAAAAUAAAAUAUAAAACCCUU